AUGGCUUUCACUGAUCGUACUCCUGCCAAAGACUUGGUUAAGCUUAUUGAGAAGACAGUUAAAUCUGAGAACUCUCGUUUCCCAAAUAGACCAAUAUAUCUAGUCGGAGAAUCUGUAGGAGCAUGUCUUGCUUUAGAUGUCGCAGCCAGGAAUCCCAACAUCGAUCUUGCUCUCAUCUUGGCUAAUCCAGCCACACAUGUCCACAACAUCAUGUCGCAACCUCUAUCAGGAAUGCUGAAUGUUUUACCAGAUGGCAUUCCCACACUACUGGAAGAUACAUUUGGUUUUAAGCAAGGCGAUCCUACAUUGACUGCAAUGUUAAACGCUUUGGUAAAUGAAUUUGCUGUACAUAAAAUCGGUGGAGGGAUGCUAAGAGAUCUCUUUGCAGUUUCAGCUAAUCUUCCUACUCUGAGUAGGAUCAUCCCUAAGGACACACUGCUUUGGAAGCUGGAACUGCUCAAGUCUGCUGUUGCAUCUGCGAAUUCUCACAUACACGCGGUCAGAGCUGAAACACUGAUACUUCUGAGUGGACGCGAUCAGUGGCUGCUGAAGGAGGAAGACAUUGACAGAUUCUCGCAAACAUUGCCAAACUGUAUUGUCCGUAAGCUUAAUGACAGUGGACAAUUUCUCCUCUUGGAGGAUGGCGUAGAUGUGGUUACUAUCAUCAAGUGUAAAUGUUUCUAUCGCCGUGGACGGUCUCAUGAUUGCAUUUCGGAUUACAUUACUCCUACCCCAUUUGAGAUAAAACAACAAUUAGACGAACACAGGUUUCUAAUAAAAGCACUUUCCCCUGUAUCGCUGUCAACUUUAGAAAACGGUAACGUUGUAAGGAGCCUUGCAGGGUUACCAUCAGAGGGACCUGUCCUGUACGUUGGUUAUCACAUGAUGUUGGGAUUUGAGUUAGCUCCAAUGUUUAGUCAACUCUUGAAAGAGAGAAACAUUCACUUGCGUGGCUUGACACAUCCGCUGAUCUUUAUGAACAACAAAGACUCGGCACUCGACAUGCUCGACUCGGAGCUGUUUGAUAAAUAUAAGAUAAUGGGUGGAGCUCCUGUCUCCAAUACCAGUAUCUACAAACUACUUCGGUCCAAGUCUCAUGUGCUUUUGUAUCCUGGUGGUGUUCGUGAAGCUUUGCAUAGAAAGGGUGAAGAGUACAAGUUGUUCUGGCCAGAGCAACCCGAGUUUGUGAGAGUUGCAGCUAGAUUUGGAGCUAAAAUCGUUCCUUUUGGUGUUGUUGGAGAAGACGACCUCUUCCAUAUAGUCCUGGAUUCUAAUGAUCAAAGGAACAUCCCUAUCCUCAAGGAUCUAAUGGAAAAAGCAACAAAGGAAGCUGGAAACUUAAGGGAAGGCGACGAGGGCGAAUUGGGAAACCAAGAUUUCUAUUUCCCAGGACUUAUACCUAAGAUUCCAGGACGGUUCUACUAUUACUUUGGAAAACCAAUUGAAACAGCUGGCAAGGAACAAGAGCUAAGAGACAAAGAGAAGGCUCAAGAGCUUUACUUGCGAGUCAAGUCUCAGGUAGAACAAUGCAUUGCCUAUUUGAAAAGAAAAAGAGAGAGCGAUCCCUACAGAAACUUGUUGCGAAGGAUGUUGUAUCAGGCCUCACAUGGUUUCUCUUCUGAGAUUCCGACGUUUGAUCUCUCAGACUGAGAUUAUAUACGUAAAAUGACAUGAAUAAAUAAAAAAUGAUUUUUUUUAUUAUGAAUAAAUGAUAGAAGCAAAGCCAAUAGUCUCCUUGUAAAAAAUGGUACAAUCGUUUCUUACGUCAUAAAUGAAAGAAUAAGAAACGACGACAUUUACAUAUUAUGAGUUAGCUUGUUAACUAAGGUAUCCAAUCAAACGCUUUAUGCAUAUUGACCUCGCCUCUAGCAUGUUUGCCUCCCCACACUUUUAAAUAGAUCCCAUUCUCUCUGGCUCUCCAAUCCCACAGGCCUCCAUUAUCCGAAGCACUUUGCUGUUUAAAUGCUGUAAACUUCUUAUGGUGUCUAUAAUUAGGGCCUUGUCUCAAGGUACACAUGAAUUGAGUUCCCCCAAAAACGUUUGUCGCGAAAUUGCGUUGCCAAUGUUGUCCGGGUUCUACUACUCUCGGAGAUAUCCUGUCGUCUCCGGAGUAACAGCUCACCCAGAGUUUUUUCUUGUUCUUGAGUUCGUUCCCGAUCCUGAAUCCGCCGCCGUAUACAUGGCUAAUCAUGCAGAGGCCAAGCACAAUCAGAAAGACCGAGAUAUUUUUCAUUUUUUUUUUUUGAAUAAUGAUAGGAUAGAGAUGUUUAGAUCUUUUGUCGUUUAGAUAUAUUUAUAGUAGACAUGUAUAUUGCUAUUUGUGCGUUUACAGUUUAUUCUUUCUCUAUUAUUAUAUAGGUUUUCUAUUGAUAGUUGACCAGGUGCCAAAACUUUCCGUUUUAU